CCGGCCGCUCCGGCUUCUCGGGGGCCGUGCGGGAGAAACGCGAGGAGGAGCUCGGUUUGGGGGAGGGGGGAGAUGAAACCGGGGCGUGGGGAAGCCGCUCCCUUCUUCUUCCUCCUCCUUCUCCUCCUCCUCCUCCCCCUGGCUGCUCCAGUCUGGCAGCCAGGCGGCCGCUGCAGUUGGGAAGCGACCCCGGCCCCCGGCGCUGCCGCCGGGAUGGGGAAGCCGCUGGCGGCUCCCGGCCUCCUGCUCCUUCUGGCCGGCACCGCGGGGCUCUGCCGGGCUUUCUUCUCCCUCCCGCUCCGCGUGUCCCACCCGGCCGCCCCCGGCGGGUCGCCGCCAGCCCCGGUGGUGCUGCGGCCGGGGAGCGGUAGUCGGCAACAGGAUCCUCAGGGCGGCGCGGACGGCUUGGCCUUGGCCUCGGAUCCGGUGGGGACCCUCAACUUUUUAGCCAUGGUGGAAAACCUGCAGGGAGACUCCGGCCGCGGCUACUACCUGGAGAUACUGAUCGGGACCCCGCCGCAGGCGUUAAAUAUUCUGGUUGACACUGGGAGCAGUAAUUUUGCUGUAGCAGGUGUGCCUGAUCCUGAUGUCACCUCCUACUUCAAUACCGAGCUGUCAAGUACAUACAAAUCUCAAGGGAUUGAUGUCACAGUUAAGUACAGUCAAGGAAGCUGGACUGGAGUGCUGGGUACAGAUGUCAUUACUAUCCCAAAAGGAAUUGAUGGCAGCUACACGAUCAACAUUGCUACCAUUCUUGAAUCGGAGAAUUUCUUCUUACCAGGGGUUAAAUGGCAUGGGAUUCUUGGUCUUGCCUACGAUGCCUUAGCCAAGCCUUCAAGUUCUGUGGAGACGUUCUUUGAUUCUCUUGUGAGGCAGGCAAAGAUCCCCAACAUUUUCUCCUUGCAGAUGUGUGGUGCUGGACUGCCUGUUUCUGGAAGUGGUACCAACGGAGGUAGUCUUGUUCUGGGUGGAAUUGAGCCAAGUCUGUACAAGGGUGAUAUUUGGUACACACCUGUCAAAGAGGAGUGGUAUUACCAGGUUGAAAUUCUCAAACUGGAGGUUGGAGGACAGAACCUUGAAUUGGACUGCAGAGAGUAUAAUGCUGAUAAAGCAAUAGUAGACAGUGGAACCACGCUUCUCCGUCUGCCCCAGAAAGUCUUCAGUGCUGUUGUGCAAGCAAUAGCUCGCACGUCCCUGAUACAAGAAUUCUCUUCUGGUUUCUGGACUGGUUCACAGCUUGCGUGCUGGGACAAAACUGAAAGACCCUGGUCCUUAUUUCCCAAACUGUCCAUUUACUUGAGGGAUGAAAACUCCAGUAGGUCGUUUCGGAUCUCUAUCCUACCACAGCUUUAUAUUCAACCCAUCCUUGGAAUAGGAGAGAAUUUACAGUGCUACCGAUUCGGCAUCUCUUCCUCCACGAAUGCUCUAGUUAUUGGUGCUACAGUCAUGGAAGGCUUCUAUGUAAUAUUUGACAGAGCCCAGAGGAGAGUGGGCUUUGCAGUGAGUCCAUGUGCAGAAGUUGAUGGCUCUCCAGUAUCUGAGAUUGAAGGCCCUUUCACAACAGCAGAUGUUGCAAGCAACUGUGUUUCUAGCGUUUCUUUCCAUGAACCAGUGUUGUGGAUUGCCUCCUAUGCUCUCAUGAGCCUGUGUGGAAUUAUCCUCCUUGUACUGAUCAUCCUGCUGCUCAUUCCACCACGGUGUCAGCAUCGCUACACUGACAAUGACGUGGUCAAUGACGAAUCCUCCUUAGUGCGUCAUCGAUGGAAAUGAGAAACUUGAUUGUGAAACCUGGGACUUAAACAGGAUGAAGAACAGAGUACUUUGCCAAGGCGAAGAAGCCAAUGCCUCGGUCCUUUCUACGUUCAUUACAAAUUGCUGUUGAAAUCCCGCCAAAUACCCUGCAUCGUAACUUUUUAAGCUUUAUUUUCUAACACCGAUUCUGAACCAAAGCACUGUUAACCAUCUCUUAAGUGCUACGGUACUGGAUUUGCUACUGCAGUACAAUGAGCCUUUAUGCUCUCAAUAGUACCUUCUUUAAAAAAAAAAAAAAAGGAAAAAAAAAGAGAAAAAACACAUCAUGGUGUUCUUCCACUGUCUGAACAAAACUGUCCAUCUCUUUCACAAACAAAGGAGCUGUCAGUUUUUUCUAACUAAUCAAUCCCUGACUGUAGAAAAAGAGAAAAAAACUUAAUGAUCUUUCUUAUUAAUUGCAUUAAAUGAAUACUUCUUUCUGUUUA